AUGGGCGUCGACGCCUUUUUUAGCACGAACAAGGAGAUCAAUGCAGGAGGAACGAAGUAUGCAGACUUUAUGAAGGACUGGAUCGUCAAAGCUAUGCAGGCCACAACUCAGAUCCCGGGAGGCAACUCCAGCACCCAUCCCAUUAACGGUGGUCCGAACAACCCCGGUAUCAAGCCUCCCAAUGUCACUGUCUGGUCUGUACCCGCCCAAAUGAAAGCUGUGAUGUACGAGCUCCGGCCAAAUCAGCCCGCCGACGUGCAAGGCAACAACGCAAUCUCGGUCUCGAUUUCUUGUCCAAAGCCGAAGGAGACAGCCAACCUCUGUGCCGUCGCUGGCUCCCUCAUCGCACUCGCAGCUGCCGUCCUUGGCGUGUUCACCGAGGGCAUCACGACCUCUCUUUUAGGGGCUGUGGGGGCAACAGCUGGUGCAGGUGGCGCAGGUUGCGGUGCUGCCACCAGUUAA